AUGGGACUGUUGGCCCGGUGGCUGGUGCUGGAAGGCGGCUGGGGGAAAGCCAAACACCGCUACUGCUGCUUCGCGUCCAGCGGCGCCCUGCGUGUCUCCUGCCCGCUCAGGCCGCAUGCGCAGCCGGACCCUGGACCCAUGAGCGGUCCGCACAUCACCGGACAUGCGGCCAGAGGAAACCCCGGAGACACAGAGCCACCCACACACGAGCCGGCACCACUCCCGGAACAAGCAGCGGCCCGACAGACUCAGGCCGGCGGCUCCGUGCUGUCUCUGCAGCCAAAAAGAGGUCAGCCGGGCUCCCUGGACAACUCCUCCUCUUCGUCGUCCUCCUACUCCUGCUUCUCCUCAAAGGAGAAGCUGGAGGAGAGGAUGUCCGUCCACAGCUGCAGCGACAGCGGCUUCCGGACUCCCCUCUGCCGGAUCUGCUUCCAGGGACCCGAACAGGGGGAGCUGCUAAGUCCGUGUCGCUGCAGCGGUUCGGUGCGCUGCACCCACGAGCCAUGUCUCAUCAAAUGGAUCAGCGAGAGAGGAUCCUGGAGCUGUGAACUCUGCUACUACAAAUACCACGUCAUUGGCAUCAGCACCAAGAACCCACUGCAGUGGCAGGCCAUCUCUCUGACUGUCAUUGAGAAGGUUCAGAUUGCAGCGGCGGUGCUAGGCAGCCUCUUCCUGGUUGCCAGUAUUUCCUGGUUGGUCUGGUCCUCCGUUAGUCCACAUGCCCGCUGGCAGCGCCAAGACCUGCUGUUCCAGAUCUGCUAUGCCAUGUAUGGCUUCAUGGACCUGGUCUGCAUCGUCCUGAUUGUCCAUGAGGGUCCCUCGGUUUUCCGAAUCUUCCAUCGGUGGCAGGCGGUGAACCAGCGAUGGAAAGUUCUCAACUAUGAUAAGGCGCGUGAUGUGGAGGAGCAGGAGCAGCCAGAGUCAACCCACUGGGGUCCAGAACCAAACCCUCGGAUGGCUCCUCUGUCUGCAGGCACACCGGGUGCUGGUCCUCCCUCCCCUCCCUCCUCCUCCUCCCUGGUGGUGGCUGUGGCCGCCGCUGAGGCCUCGUUACACAGAGUUCCUACUGUUGUCCAGACGAGCGUGCAGCGCAGCGAAGAGGAGGAUUCUGGGAUGUCGCCCAUUUCGACAACAGCAACAGCAACAACAACAACAUCACAAUCAGAUUCCAGCAACAACACUGAACACUCAUCUUCGGUGACGGAACAGAAUCGGAGUUACCGCUGGACCUACAGCCUGCUCCACCUGCUGGGUCACCGCCGGCCCUUCAUGGAACAGCAGGACUCGGAAAACCCAAGACGUGGCCUGGGUCUGGCCCCGCCGCAGCCCAGAGACACCAACCGAGAGCUGGUGAUGAGGGUCACCACGGUCUGA